GUGGUGAAAGUAAGUACACUUCCUGCUGUAGCAGAACAAGUAUGGAACGGGAAUAAUGUUUCUACCAACAUCCCCAAAGAAGGGAAAUUAUUCAUAUUUUAUUGCAGUAUCUAGAUGUGGGGGAGAAUCCUGAAUCCUGUGGUGAUUAGCAGAGUUAGUCUCACUUGGAGUGCCAGAAGUCUCUUCACCAUGCAGCUGAAGACUACAGAGUUCAAGUCCUUAUUCAGCGAUGGACUGAAUGGCAUAGCAGAGAUCUUUGAGAAGCACAAGUUUGAGCUGAGGAUAGCAGGGGGUGCUGUGAGGGACCUCUUGUCUGGGGAGCGGCCAGAGGAUGUGGACUUUGCGACCACAGCAACACCAGAGGAGAUGAAGAGCAUGUUCCAGAAUGCAGGGAUCAGGAUGAUCAACAAUAAAGGGGAGAAGCAUGGGACCAUCACUGCUCGACUUCACAAUGAAAACUUUGAAGUGACCACACUGCGUGUAGAUGUUGAGACGGAUGGACGUCAUGCAGAGGUAGAGUUCACAACAGACUGGCAAAAAGACGCAGAGCGUAGAGACCUCACCAUCAACUCCAUGUUUUUAGGGUUAGAUGGGACCCUAUAUGAUUACUUCCAAGGAUAUGAGGACCUCAAGAACCGAAAGGUUCAGUUUGUUGGCUGUGCUGAGCAAAGGAUUCAGGAGGACUACUUGAGAAUACUACGAUACUUCAGGUUUUAUGGCCGGGUGUCAGUAAAGGCAGCGGAACAUGACCCUGCCACCUUGGAGGCCAUCAGGGAAAAUGCCCGUGGCCUGGCAGCCAUAUCAGGGGAGCGCAUCUGGGUUGAGCUGAAGAAGAUGGUGGUGGGUAACCAUGCUGCCCACCUACUAAAGGUCAUGUAUGAGCUGGGCCUGGCUCAGUACAUAGGUUUACCUGUAGAGGGCGACGUGGAGGAGAUGAAGCGGAUCUGGCAGCAUGUGAAGGACCAUUCUCCCAAGCCCGUGACUGUUCUGUCGGCCCUGUUCCGCUGCUCCCAGGAUGUGGAGAAGAUGGACCUGAGGCUGAAGGUCUCCAGGGAGGAGAAGAACCUGGGUCUGUUCCUGGUCAAACACAGACAGGACCUCCAUAAGUCCCAGGAUGAUCCAGACAGCCUGAAGCCCUACGCUGACUUUAUCAUCGAUAGUCGGGAGGUAGAUGCUCAGAGUAAAGUAUGUGAACUGCUCAAGUACCAGGGAGAGGACAAGUUACUGGCAGAGAUGAACAGAUGGUCCAUUCCUCGCUUCCCCGUGAGUGGGCAUGACUUGAGGAAGAUGGGCAUCACCUCUGGCAAGGAGAUCGGUACUACCCUACAGAACCUACGAGACGUGUGGAAAAGGAGCCGUUACCAGAUGGACAAAGACGAGCUGCUUUGUCAUGUUAACAAGACAUAAUUCCAGUGUGUAUCAGGUGUUACCCCCUCAUACAGUGUUGAAUAUGAGAAUGAGAAAGAAACCCCACAAGGACUGAAUCAUAUUUACUGUGUUUAACUAAUUUAGCCCAGUGCAGCACUUAGAGUUUGGGUAUUAUGCUCUCAGCUGCACCACUGUCCUAUGAAGAAAGUUUGUAAUCAACCUAAGCCACUGCAGUAUCUCAACAUCUGUGGCAUUAUUGAUAUCAGAACUAUUAUUUUGUACAUUUCCUGCCCUGCAAUUCCUUUGAGAUUGGCCAGUCUGCUGUUGGGAUUUUAGUUGGGAUUCAGUCAAUACGAUUAAGUGGAAAACUGGAUAUUUUGCCAAUUCUCAAUGGUGAUUGGAGAGAUUGAGCAAUGAAAGGCUAAUGAGCCACGUGGAAUUGUUUUAAAUGCCCUAUAAUCAUAUCUCAGAAAGACGGUCUUCUUCGACCAAUAUAGUGAACUGAAUAAAUCUGUAUUUCAUGGGCUGAGAAAAAACAUGACUCCAGGAAUUUAGAUUUUUUUUUUGGACAACUCAUCAAAUGGCUUGAGGGUGAAAGCAGCUUGUGUAUAGUGUGGUUUCUUUGUGUGUUUUCUCUUAUUAAAUAUUUAGUCUAUUUAAUUAAUGUUUCAUAGAUAAAGCCGAUGGUGUGUAAAAGGUUAAACUAUAGCCUAACUUUGAAAGGAUAUUUAAGUGACACAUAUAAUAACGCACAAGCUUGACUUGAACUAAAAUACAAAUGGUAUUCUACUUAAUUUUGAUAUUCAUAUAUAUAUAUAUAUAUAUAUAUAUGCUGCUUACUGUGUGAUGUCUAUUAGUCCUAUCAUGUUGUACUAUUGCAUGCCACUUUCUGCCUUUUGCAGUGAAUCCUGAGUACCGGUAUAACCUAUUCAGAUGUAUAAUUUAUUUCUAAAAUGUAUAGAAGGCGUUAUUGUAAAGACGCAGAAGCAUAGCCCCUCCCUCCUGCUGCGCUUCCAAUAUAUGUAUCUAAAUAA